CAUUGGCCUUGCCAACUUCAAGUCUUCAUUCUCAUGGCCGCUCGUUCUGCUAUUGCGCCCCGAUUCAACACACCUAUCAAAGUCAUGGCUUCAGCUGCUGAGCCCGCCUCGUCAACGAACACAAAAGGAGCAGAAAGAAAGGGGCGAUUGUUAGUCUAUGGAGCUACAGGGCAUACUGGGAAGCUGGUGGCACGGAAAGUGAAGGAGGUGGGCUUAAACGCAACCUUGGCAGGGCGGAAUGAAGAAAAGCUCAGAGCCAUUGCGGAGGAGGUUGGCCUGCCGUAUGAGGCGUUUGACCUCACCAACGAAAAGGCGCUGUCAGCAGCAGUGGCCUCCCAUGAAGCAGUCCUCCACAUAGCAGGGCCGUUCACAGAGACAGGGCCUCCCGUCGUGGAGUCUUGCAUCGAACACGGGGCACACUACAUGGACAUUACUGGGGAGACGCACUUCAUGGGCUUUGUGCAGGGAAAGGAUGCUGCUGCGAAAGCCAAGGGCGUCAUGCUUCUGCCCGCCGUUGGCUUCGACGUGGUCCCCGGCGACUGUCUGGGCGCACACCUGAAGGAGAAGCUCCCGACGGCGACGCACCUCGACCUCGAGUCGUUCAUCAUGCGGAACGGCACGGGCGUCUUGGCUUCCAAGGGGACUAUGCUUUCGGGCGCCUUCCACAUUUUGCCCUUUGGCGGGCUGGAACGGAAGGACGGCGCCUUCAAGAAAGCAGCCAUCGGUGCAAAGCACAGAAGCUUCGAGAUUGGCGACGGUGGAAAGCCGGUGCCGGGGUUCUCGUUCCCGGCCGCAGAGCUUAUCGCAACGGCCCACUCCACCAACAUUCCCAACAUUACGACUUACUUCCCAGGUAGCAAGUCCGCUGCCUGGCCCGCAUAUAUGCUGAGCCUGCUGGGCCCCGGCGUCGUGAGCUCCUGGCCGCUACGCGCGCUCAUCACGCGCAGCAUCCGUUCACUGCCGGAGCCAAGCACGGAGAAGGCGAAAGCUUCCAAGAUGCUGGGAGCGGCGGAAGUGAGGGACGAGAAGACGGGCCGCUCUGCGCGCGCCUCCAUACAGGUCAACGAGGGGUAUGGCUUUACUGCCAGUUCCGCCUGCGAGGUGGCGCGGAGAGUGCUCGACGGGCAAGUGAAGCCGGGCUUUCAGACCCCGGCGUCAGCGUUCGGCUCGAGCCUUGUCCUCAACAUCCCAGGCGAAGAAGCGGUGUUGAGAGACCUUCCGUAGGUCCGUACCGGCGAAAGUACCGGCGAAAAAGGAAAAGUUUUUCAAGAUGCCAAAAUGUAGCGGCUUUUGGUGACUCAGCGCUGUUCCCAGCCAGAGGAUUGAACUUCGCCUCUCACAUAAGAGCCGCGAGACCUCUCGUGACAGUGGCGAUCAUAGGAUUCAUAUAGCCUACCAAGGGGGGAUCCACAUUCUAGCUGCCAUUGAAAUUUUGCGUAGUGGAUUCCUUUACUGUGCGUGCAUAUACUGCAGCUCUGUGCCCGACGGCCGAUUUCAGUGCCAUGGCUUUUGCUCAGCUGCUGCUGAGCUCUUGAGCCGCGAGUAUGUGAAAGAUCUACUCGGAAGCAGCAGGUCUAGCUUAGGAUUUGUGAGGUAACCCGUCAUGUGAUUGGAGCAAGCAUACAAAACAUGCAUGGGAAAAGGAUUGACUGAUGGGUAUUCAUGUAGGAGAAUCCUAGGCACGAAAUAUAUGGUGGCCCUGCGCAUAUCCAACUGACUUGCGUUUGUUA